AUGAUUGCUCCCAUCACUGGUAAAUUUCGCAAGCAAUUCGCCAAAGAUCUCUCCAUUGCCUUGACGCUGGGUGGUGUCGCUGGUGCAUGUUGGUGGCAUCUCUACCAUUUGCCAAUGGUUCGACGUCGUGACGCUUACUACGCGAGACUGGAAGCCAACAAGAACCAGUAA